UCGAAUCGAUUUCAUUAUGUUACGUUAUCGUUGUUUAUUUUUGAUUUGUGUACUAUUAACCAUUAUAUUUGUUAUUACCAUUAAUACAUCAUUUCGUUGGCAUCGAAUCCAUACAACAAUGAUAUUACCAUCUAAUAAUGGUAAAAGAAAGUUGUCGAUUAAAAAUGAUGAUCCAGAUUAUGAUCAAUUUUUAAUGUAUCAGAUGGUUAAAACAACAACAACAACAAUAUUGAGUAAAAAUCAAUUAUUUCAUCAUUAUUCAUUACCAUUAGCUAUCAUCAAUGAUCAAUUACCUUGGUUCAUGCCUAACGGUACUAUAAGACCAUCAUCAUCUAGUGAUAAUUAUAAUAAUUUAAUAUUAUGGCCUGAACAAAUGACCACUGAUGAUGAUACCGGAAUGAAUGAUCGUAUUGUCAAUCAAUUAAUGUUUAUGCCAAACGGUUAUGAUAAGAACCAUUACUAUCCAAAAGGUAGAAAACCAUUGAAAAAAAUUUUACUUGCAUUUGGUAAACAAAGUUGGCCUGGCCUAUCAAUGGGACGACAACGUUUUAUUGAUGAUCAUUGUCCAGUAGAUGCUUGUUUCAUUAUGGCUAAUAAAGCAUUGAUUGAUCAAGCUGAUGCUGUUAUAUUUAAAGAUCGUUUUAUAUGGCCAUCAAAAGGACGGCCAUCAAUGAAACAAAUAUGGAUUCUAUUUUUACUUGAAUCACCAUUACAUACACAGGUUUUUUCUAGUCUUCCAGCCAAUGUGAUCAAUUGGACAGCUACAUAUCGUCAUGAUUCAGAUAUUGUUGCACCGUAUGCAAAAUUUUUUGCCUACAAUAAUAAUAAUUUCAAACAUCAAACGAAAAAUUAUGCCAAAGGUAAAACGAAAAAAGUCGCUUGGUUUGUAUCGAAUUGUGGUGCAAAAAAUAAACGUCUAGAAUAUGCACGUGAAUUAUCACGUUAUAUCGAUGUUGAUAUUUAUGGAAGCUGCGGUCAGCAUAAAUGUCCACGUAUGCAAGCUAAUGAAUGUUUUGAUAUGUUGAAUAAACAAUAUAAAUUUUAUCUUGCAUUUGAAAAUUCCAAUUGUCGUGAUUAUAUAACGGAAAAAUUUUUUCUCAAUGGUUUGGGUGAAAAUCGACCAGAUUUCAAUAUUAUACCAAUUGUAAUGGGUGCACAUCCAAAUGAUUAUCACCGUUCAUCGCCACCAAAUUCUUAUAUUCAUGUAGAUGAUUUUGAAUCACCAUUACAAUUAGCUAAAUAUCUACAACGAUUAGAUGAAAAUGAUGAUGAAUAUAAUCGUUAUUUUGAAUGGAAACAACAAGGAAUAUUUAUUAAUACUUAUUUUUGGUGUCGUUUAUGUACAUUAUUACAUGCAAAUGAUAAUGAACAACAUAGAAAACCUAUUGAUAGUUAUGAAAAUAUUCAUCAUUGGUGGACAUCAACAAAAACAUUUAUCAAUGAUAAUAAUAAUAAUGAUAAAUUACAGCCAAUUUGUAUGAAAAAUACCAUUGAACAUUGGCCAAUUCAGUAAUAACAACAAAUAAUACAUCAUAUCAUCAUAUGAACCAUAUUUUCUAUUUUUUUUAUAUAAAAAAAACUUUG